AUGGGCCAGGCCAUACGGCCCGAUAACUCGGUGGAGAAUGAGGUUGUCGCCGCGAAGAGGUUCCUCCGGAGAAGAGGCAUCUAUCCCGUCAAACAAGAAGAAGAGGGGGGUAACUUGGCCGCUGUGCCCGCUGCUGGUGCUGCCGCCAUAACGCCGGUGGACUUGACUGGCGACAAUGAUGUGCAGGUGGUCGACGAGCCGGGCGAGGCCAAGCCAGACGACGCGCCUGACCAGCCAGCCAAGGAAGAGACACCAAAGAUCAUGUGCCUGGCUUGCCGGGAUGAUUUCCCCGAGGCAGAUAUCGUGAGGUGUAUGAAAGACAAAGAAGAUGAAGAUAACGGCACGAAAGAUGAGGAAAAAGAGAAACAUGGAGUAUGCCGCCCGUGCUUCAAGGCAAUGGCCGAGAAUGACAUUGCACUACUAGCAAACCGAGUCAUAUGCCCUGGCGAGCAAUGUUCGAUGUUGUUCUCGGCAGAUCAGUUUGAAUUUCUCAUAGAACCAGACGACCCCCUAUUCGACUUCGAACUGUACGGGAGUUUGUGGAGAAAGGAACAGAUCGACAACGCCUUAAAGGCGAUCCCGGGCAACGAGGUUUGCCCCUUCUGCGACUACAUCCAGAACUUCGGGAAUUCCCCAAAGCACGAGAACCCGAUCUUCACGUGCAUGGGAGACGGCUGUGGCAGGCGCAGCUGCAGAUUCUGCGGAGGCGCGGCCCAUGAUGGAAAGACGUGCCGAGAGGCCAAAAUGCCGGACCUGGCACCAGGUGUGGAAGAGCAGACUGGUUACUUCUGCAGGGAGUCGCUCGUCGCGAUCGACGUUGAGGAUGACAUCUGGGCGGCGCAAAAGAAGAUGGAGGAGGCGGAAGACGCGCCCAAGACGUUAAAAACUAACCCCCAAGGUCUCGCCCGCAAGGUUCUUAGCAAUGAGUCUCGGGCUCUAGCCGCCCGACUAGCCGAGCUACGGGACGACUAUCAUUUGAAGAUCCAGCGAGCAGACGACAAGGCUUACAGUCACUUUGAUCGCGUUAGCGCUGCUACGGUCUUUCAAGAGGGCAUUAAUAAAAUGGGAGACAGGAUGCUGGAACAGUACGGCGACGGCGUCAACAAGGAUGUCUUGAACAGCCUCAUACAAAAGAUGGUCGAAGAGGAAGGAAAGACCUGGGCCAGCCUGAUGAGAUCUGAUAACCGGGAUCUCGGAGCCAACCCUGCUCCCUGGAGAAGAAGCGCAGCAAAUCAACCACCGGCGACACAAGCGGUAGCACAGCCUGCUGCACAACGACUCGGGGCACAGUAA